AUGUCUCUCCGUACAUGCAGCGCGCGCCUGAACGCCGUUUUGCGGAAUCAAUCGAGUGUCGUCACACGAACAAUCAGACGACAAUAUGCUUCAGCAGCGACAGCCGCCUCGAGUCUACCGGCAGGAUUGAAAGAGGCCAUCGAUAAAGAAGCUCGUCUCUCCAACCCCGAUCCUCAAUAUGACUCCCAAACAGCACGUCUCGUCGAUGCACAAUCUCCCUUCAUGGUUCCCACCUACGUCCGACCACCGCCGAUGUUCCAGCAAGGAGAGGGGUGCUACAUAUGGGACGUGGAGAAUAGGCAGUACCUAGACUUCACAGCUGGUAUCGCAGUGAACUCGCUUGGCCACAGCGAUCCCGAAGUCGCAAAGGUAUUAUAUCAGCAAGCACAAACACUUGUACACAGCAGCAAUUUAUACUACAAUCCUUGGACUGGUGCGCUGAGUCAGUUGUUGGUGGAGAAGACGAGAGAACAUGGUGGCUUCAAUGCAGGCAAAGCGUUCAUCUGCAAUUCUGGCUCGGAAGCCAACGAGGCGGCUAUCAAGUUCGCGCGCAAACACGGACGGAGCGUACAGUCAGACGGCAGCAAAUUCGAAAUUGUCAGCUUUCAUGGAUCAUUUCACGGCCGGACGAUGGGGAGUCUCUCCGUGACGCCCAAUCCAAAGUACCAGAAGCCCUUCUCGCCCAUGCUUCCAGGGUGCAAAUACGCUACCUACAAUGACAUGGAUUCGAUCAACGAGCUGGUCACUGAGCAUACUUGCGGUGUCAUCAUCGAGCCCAUCCAAGGCGAGGGUGGUGUCAAUGUUGCCACACCCGAGUUCCUGCUGGCUUUGCGCAAGCGAUGCACAGAGGUUGGCGCAGUCCUGGUCCAUGACGAGAUUCAGUGCGGUCUAUCAAGGACUGGCAAGCUGUGGGCACAUUGUGAUCUGCCUGCGGAAGCGCACCCAGAUAUCUUGACCACAGCCAAAGCACUCGGCAAUGGAUUUCCCAUCGGCGCUACGAUCGUGACGGACGAAGUCAGCAGCAAGAUCGUGACAGGCGAUCACGGCACCACUUUUGGCGGCAACCCUCUAGGCUGUCGAGUCGCCCAUCAUAUCCUCGGUCGACUCGCUGCGCCAGAGCUACAAGCCGGUGUUCUGCAAAAAGAAGCUCGAUUCCGUGAGCACAUGUCCCGACUACACCAGCGCUUUCCAAAGAUAGUUCAGGAAGUCCGUGGCCGAGGACUGAUUCUGGGGCUACAGCUCUCUGCUGAUCCUACGCCUGUUGUCACUGCCGCAAGGGAGAGAGGGCUGUUGAUCAUUACUUGUGGUACGAAUACUUUGCGAUUUGUGCCGCCGCUGAUAAUCAGCAAUGAGGAGAUUAAUAAGGGUAUGGCGAUACUUGAGGACGCUAUGGUGGCUGUGUUCGAGGAGCCGGGACAUAUUGAGGGGACGGACGGACAGCAGGAAAUGCGAUGA